AUGCUUGUUGAGAGUACAGGGAUUAAGGACACUGGUUCCCUGAGAUUCUUGGUAGCUUUUGGUAGUCUUCUCCUAGCGGUGCUAUUCAUUUGCUAUGGAUUUGCUGUUGGAGGAGAAGUUUAUACGAAGCCAGUGGUUACGUUUGAAUCCGAUUUCCAAGAAUGCUUUGAAGAGGAUCUCAUUGAUCAUCUCGUGGAUGUCAAUACAAAGAUCGUUCUAAUGGUUGUAGACGCCUGGAGGCUUUCAUUCUUCGUUGAUCCUGAUUCUCCGAUGACAUUCCUUCGCAAUUCAGUCACAUCUGGGCGAGGAGUGGCUUUUGCUGCCACUGUUCAGACUCCUACGGUCACUAUGCCUAGAAUAAAGGCUCUAACCAGCGGAGUGAUUCCAUCCUUCAUCUCUCUCGUCACUAACUUUUUUGCCAGCGCAAGUACAGAAAUUAAUUGGGUGAAUUCCGCAUCUGUGAUGGGAAAAAGAAUUGCUUUCUUUGGUGACGAUACCUGGCUUCGACUCUUUCCUGAUGCUUUUGUAAACAGCGAAGGUGUCAGUUCAUUCUUUGUCAACGAUUUCACAGAGGUCGAUAACAAUGUCACUCGUCAUCUUGACUCAAAGUUGAACAAUGAUAGCUGGGAUAUGCUUAUUCUCCACUACCUUGGCCUAGAUCACAUAGGGCAUUCGCUUGGUGGAGUUUCGCCGGAAUUCGCCAAAAAAAUUCGCGAAAUGGACAAUAUUGCUCAACGGAUUUUUGAAACUGUCUCGGUGCAUUCUCCCGUGCUAUUAGUAGUAAUGGCUGAUCAUGGCAUGACAUCUGCAGGAUCUCAUGGAGGCGGCAGUGAAGCUGAAUCAAGAGUUCCGCUCAUAUUUUUGCACUCAAAAGUAGAGGUCAAACGAGGAGGAAUACUCAAUGAACUCCCAGAAGUUCAGCAGAUCGAUCUCGCAUCCACCAUACCCUUUUUUCUCAACUGUGAGAUUCCUUCAAGCAGUAUUGGACUGUCGCUUGUUCCGCGGUUAGCAGAACACUGGAGACUCUCUGACCUCACCAUCUUCAAGGCUGCGCUACAGUCAGCUGUGCACUUCUCAAAGUUUGUAGAAGACCCUGCUCUCCGACGCCUUCACAAUGUCGACGCAGUAAAGCGAUGUCAGGAAGCGAAAGCAUAUUCGAAUUAUGUCCAAAGCAGUGCUGCUAGAGGAAUUACUGGACGAGCUCAGGAGAGUCUAAUCAAGUCGCAAGAGCAAGUUCUUGGUUGGCCUAUGUACGUCGGCGUCGCACUAGUAGUACUGGCUUUCAUCGCUGUGCUCCCUAUUUCAUGGUUCCGCUCUCAUGUUUGUUCCAAUGCACACUCUAAACAAAUCACAGUGAAUCCUAACGACUACAUGAACUACAUUGUUUUUGGACUCUACCAUAUCUCUUCAUAUUCUACAAGUUUUAUAGAAGAAGAGCACGAUGUCUGGUAUUACAUUUCUUCAUCGAUAAUUUUGUUCCGCAUUUUCAUCAUCAUAAAAUGUCAUGGUUUCAUUCGUGCGCAGCAAAUCUACUGUGACACGAAAUUUCGAGCUGGAUGCGUGCUGUUAUCUUUGCAUCGCCUGGCUGUUGCUUUCACAGCACAUACCAGACGUCAUUUGCUGCCUCAGCCUGUCGUUCCUGAAUUCCGAUCGCAUGUAUCGCUUAUUGAGCAUGUGUUUGCAGAUCUCAAUCCUGUCAUAAUAUGUAAAUGGAGCCCUUCCAUUACAACAACGAUAUGUGUUUGCUAUAUUCUGUGUCGAAUUCAACCAAGAAAAGCUAUGUCAAGUAUGUGGCGGACGUUAAUACCGUACUCACUCUCUGUCCUCAUAUGUUUGAGAGUCGCAUUUAAUGUCGGACAAGGGUAUAUGAUAUUUUUGAUUCUUGCCGGUGUUCUCGGCACCCUGGUGACGUCAUUUUCACUUGGGACAUUGCUUUAUCUGUGCUAUCUGGUCCGAGCAGAAACUCUACCUCUAGUUGUGAUCUCUUUUGAGUUGGGUGCAUCUACACAACUAUUCACGUCUUCGCCCUAUCUCUAUGCGUUCUUUUGCCAGACAGUUUUCUUCUAUCAGGGUCAAUCAAGCAACAUAUCAUCAAUAGACAUCGCCAUAGGCUACAAAGGUCUUUCAUUCUACAUAGCAGCUUUGGUGGGAUUUCAAAUACUCGUCAACUUCUACGCAGCUCCAUUCGCCUUCACCAUCGGCUAUCUGACUUCCUCCCAGUGCUCAAAAUCCGACUAUGUGUCCCUUUUAAACGCAACACUUCGCCUACGUUCUCUAAUUCUCUUCUCUUCACUUGUGGGAAUGAUCACUCUUUCUGGACAUCUAUUCAUUUUUAGUGUAGUUGCUCCGAAAUUGAUUUGUGAAUUGUUACAUCUGAAUAAUUACAUUUUACAUUUUACGUGGCUCGUUAUUGAUGCUCACUCGCUACUUCAACAAAGGAUCUUCAGCAAAGCCGAAAAGAAGUGA